GCACCUUUCAGUUGUUUGCCAACCGCCAAUAUAUAUGUAGAAGAAGAAGAAGACGACGACCGUCUUCUGCUUCCUGUCGGCGGUCUGUCCCUGCGGAGUUGCUCACACAUUCCCAAAUAUGGCUGGGAGACGAGCUGCACUGAAGGCCAUUGACUGGGCGGCUUUCGCAGAGAGGGUGCCGCCCAACCAGAGGACCAUGUUCAACAACCUGAAGACACGAAGUGAUGCCAUUGCUGCCAAACUCACCUCUCUACCCGAGAAACCUCCUGCUAUUGACUGGAGCUACUACAGAUCUGUUGUGGCUAAAGCAGGCAUGGUGGAUGAGUUUGAAAAGAAAUUCAGUGCCCUGAAGGUUCCGGAGCCUGUAGACACUCAGACAACAAUUAUAAAUGCUCAGGAGGAGGAAGCGGUGAGUGCCUCUGUUUGAAGAUGGUGGAUGUAAGAAUGUCUGGAAAAAUUCAAGAACAUGAUCCCAUUUGACCAGAUGACGAUUGAAGACCUGAAUGACACAUUCCCAGAAACAAAGCUGGACAAAGAAAAGCAUCCUUAUUGGCCACACAAGCCCAUUGCUGAUCUGUAAAUUUACCACACUAUUUAUAUUCCGUAUGCUGAGGAAAGAUCUGUCUGUAAGUCUGUACAUCAACUUCUCAUGAAAUGAAAGCAUCGUGUGUUUUAUUUCUUUGUAAUUUGGCGUAAUUAAAUCCUAAAAUCGUG